AUGACAGAAUCCACUUUGGCCGCUGAUAAAAUGUUCAUUUCUUACAACAAUAUCCAUAAACUUUGUCAAAAAGUUGCCAAAGAGAUCAUGAGAAGAGGUGAGAGACCAGAUGUGAUUAUCGCCAUCACAGGCGGUGGUAUGAUUCCUGCGAGAAUCGUUAGGUCGUUUUUGAAAGUGAAGGGUCAAAAAAAUAUUCCUAUACAGGCCAUCGGACUUUCUCUUUAUGAGGACUUGGGUCUCGAUGAGCACAAGGAAAGCAUUGGUAAAGAAGUGAUAAGGACUCAAUGGCUAGAUUUUGGUUCUCUAGAACAACAUUUCGACUCUCUCAUCGGUAAACGUGUUUUGAUCGUCGAUGAAGUUGACGACACUAGAACGACGCUCCACUAUGCCGUUGUCGAAUUGGAAAAAGAAGUGCAGGAACAGCAGAGAAAACUAAACCGGGAAAACGAAGAGACCAUAUUUUCUAUUUUUGUUCUUCACAACAAGGAUAAGCCCAAAAAGGCGGAAUUCCCUGAUUAUAUGAUGCAAAACGAUCGAUACUUAGCCGCCGAAACGGUCCCCGAUGUGUGGCUGUGCUACCCAUGGGAAGCUGUUGACAUUGAAGAGCAUACAAAGCUUGCCAUUGAGCAGGGCAACAAUUGA